GGUUUGCUUUGCUUUUGUUUGGUGAAGCAGAAUUAAAAUGAGUGGAAGUAAAGUGCAGUUGUACUUGGAGAGGCACCGCAUCAGCGAUGUGUUCGACCACCUCAUGAAGAAUCUGGUGAGAGAUCUACCUAUGGAUCCCAUUGGACAUCUCAUGCUCACUUUGAAGUCUAUAAACAGACCGACAACAGACUCAUUGGGACUGACUUCAGCAGCCAAACCACCUCCCACUAGACCACCCUCCAAGUCAGCAACGGCACCACAAGGCAGAGCUGCAAAAGACAUGUCGAGGUCUAGCCAAACUCAUUCUGCUGUUUCUAAGAGCUUGCAUGGACCCUUAUCGAAACAAAUUGGCUCCAAAACAGGCGGAGAAAAGACAAAACCAGGUCAGCAAAACAUAGAGCCUAAAGGUCAAGCAAGGUCAUCUGUGCCGUCAAAGUUGGAGUUCAAAAAUGAUACUUCGGAAGCAAACGACGAUGAAGAUUCAAUGUUGGAACGUGAAUUAAGUCAUCCUGUACAAUUCAGAAAGGAAACUGAAGAACAAACAAACGAAUCUAAGAAAGAAACAUGCGAUGGAAAUAAACAAUCUAGAUAUCCUUCUAAGAAAUUAGCCUUAAAAAUGCAGAAAGAAAGCCACAAAAAGGCUUUAAUGGACUCGCUGAGAUCUGAAAACAGUAAUAAAGAAAACACAUUUCUGCUUCAUAGUUGUGAAAGCGAUGACAACGUCGAAAGUGGAUUAGAAGAAGAUUAUUCUGACUUGAUAGCCGAUGGAAUUGUGCCGAAAGCAGCUUCCAAGCCAAGUCGGAAUGGUAAGAAGAGUUGGAACAUCCUAACCAAUCAGCAACCACCAAUUAUGCAAUUAGACGAUAUUACAAUGCAAGAACAAGUAACUAUUUCUGUGUGCUCGAGGUGUGCCAAAGUUAUGAAUGAAUUAGGCGAAACGGAUUUUGAAGCGAUUGGAAAAAGAAAAUCUGCGAGCCAUCAAAACUCAACAGAGAAAUUAGAAAAUGACGAAAGCGUGGUUUUUGACCAAGGAGUCGACAGUUCUCGUGGGUUUCAAUGGAAAUUUGCGACUGGCGACUCAGACACGGAAAGUGUGACUAAUUUUAUGACCAGAAAACAGAACUUCUUCCGAACGUCAACGUCUUCGGUUGCAAAUGAUACAUUUCGAGUUGAUUCCUCGCGAGAAAUAAUGGAUGGGAGUCCAAAACGAAAAGCAGCGGUGUCUUCAAGUCGAGAAACAGUUCGGAGCAGUCCGAGUAAGUCCAAAGGAUGGGUUGGUUCUCAUCUUGAUUCUUCCGACGAAGAUUUCUAGCUGCCCGAUUCAAAAACUUUUCAGUGAUCUCAACUAAAAUUGGCUAUCUGUAAAUAUGUAUUGU